UGUCAAUCCAAAGCGAAGGCGGAAGUGUUUAAAAACCUCGUCUGUUUCUUGCUCUCGAUUUAUUUGCUUUACAAUGUGAGAUAAAUAUGUGAAAGAAAGAUCAUUGGUAUCGAAUCUUUAACUAGAAAGUGACGCAAUGUUUCUAUGAGCUAUGAAGCAUGGCUCGCUGCCCGACCGAAGAGAAAUAUGGCUACGAAGACUGUCGAUUUGAAAAAGAUGUCGACGAAAAUUUUCAUUGUUCUAUCUGCUACAAUGUUCUUAAAGAACCAAGGACGUGUAGGAAUAAUGAUCACAUCUUUUGUCUUGCCUGCAUCACUCAACAUCUAAAGGUGAACUCUCAAACUUGUCCUGAAUGUAAUGAGCAUUUGAGCGUCCACACGCUUCGUCGGCCGCGUGUGUUGAACAAUUAUUUGUCUAAACUAAAGAUAAAUUGUGAUCAUGCCAGUCGGGGAUGUCCUCAGUUUACCUGUCUUGAAAAUCUCAAAACUCACGUGGCGAAUUGUGGCUAUGCAAAGUGUGCUAUAGUUAACAAACAAGAUAAAUUUGAAGUUUGUGGGUAUAGGAAAGUGAAAUGUAGUGACUUUGGGCAGAUGCAGGAAGAUGUCGGAAUAUUGAAAGGAAAUUUAAUGGAACUGAAUGGCAAAGUGGAACAAGCUGUGAAAGGAAUAAAGAAGUUGGGCGAAAAAGUGGAAGCAAUGAAGGAAAUAAACGAAAAAGUGGAAGCUGCAAGUGGAGAAAUGAAGAAGGAAAUCGGGGAAGUUAAGAGAGAAGUCAAAGAUAUGAAGAACAAUUUUUCAAAAGUGAACAAAGACGUGGACGAAGUCAAAGUCAUGAUGAUUCAAAUGCUUGAACUGCUGAAUAAACUGCCAUCUUCGACUGAGGGAAUGUUGAACACACCAAGAGAGGAUAUUUUGAUUGCAGGUGGAUAUGGAGGACCUUGGAGUGAACCUGGCCAAAGUACGGAAGUUUAUUCCUGGGAGAAAAAUGGUUGGUUUGAGGUGUCGCCAAUGAAUGACGACCAUGAAGGAGCUUCGUCGUUUAUCUAUAAAGAUCAGUUCUUUGUUGUCGGGGGAGCAGACAGUAAGGCAAUAGAGACCUUGAAUCUCGAUGAAUUACCUUUGAAAUGGACGAAAUUUCUUGGGGAACUGCCUUAUCCGUGUGAUGAUCAUCAAAUUGUUGUUUACCAGCAGAGUGUCAUUCACAUUGGUGGAUUUCGAUAUGGCAAACGAUGGUCUAACGUGAUUAGUGAAUUGCAACUUACUUUGCCUUGCGUUAUGAAAGAGUUGUGUCAAAUGCCUCAACCACGAGGGCAUCAUUCCGCUGAGGUACUUGAAGAUAAAGUGCUGAUUUUAGGAGGAUUUAACUCCGUCAAGAUUACAAACAGUGUAUUGGAGUUUGAUCCAAAAAGGAAUGAAUGUAAAGAGAUGCCAAAAUUACCGUCUGCCUUGAGGAGAAUGGCGACAGUUGGCUGGAGGGAUGAAGUAGUUGUGCUUGGAGGUCGUGAUAAGGAUGACCAAAUUCUGAAUGAUGUUUUCAUGUACAACUCCAAGACUGGCAAGACCACAGCCUUACCAUCCAUGUUGGAGAAGAGAGAUGGAUGUUGCGCAGUUAUUACUGGAAAUACUAUUGUAGUGAUGGGAGGUAGGAAUGAGAAACGUCAAUAUCUCAGUUCAGUGGAGUGUUUUACAAUGGGAGGUUCUACAUGGGAGUAUCUUCCUGCCAUGAACAAUGCCAGGUCCAGAGCAGUUGCUGAAGUUUUACCUUCCGCACGAAAAUAUGUGUAAAUUGGACAUUGAGACAAUCAUAAGACGUUAAUUCAUAAUUAGAUUACGUUUUCGGACACAAUCACAUGGUUCAGCUAUGCUGGAUUGAGUAUAAGUUGUGUUUUUGUUUGCAAAUUGUCAGAUUGGACCAUAUGCGUACAAUGAGCACUCCCCGACACUUUGUGAACCAAAACACAAUUGGUUAGAUUCAUCAUUGCCAUUAGUUUAAACCAAGAUUUUGAGAUAAACCAACCUCUAUUAGAUACAGUACAUAAUGAUCACACAUGCCCAUAAAAUAAUAUUAAUAAUGUAAUAGCAUUAAACAUUUCCACAUACUCCAGAUUUUACAGAUUGCAGCUUUUCUCACUCCAAGUUUUACAGAUUACAGCUUUUCUCACUCCAGAUUUUACAGAUUACAGCUUUUCGCACUCCAGAUUUUACAGAUUAUGGACCUUUUUCACUCCAGGUUUUACAGAUUACAGCUUUUCUCUCUCCAGAUUUUACAGAUUACAGCUUU